CUCAACUCAUGUGUUAUGCAUCCUCUAAAUCUGAAGGAGCCGGGGGAAAUACUUUUUUGCGGUGUUUCCCUGCCUGCUCGCCGUGUAUCGUCUUUGGGUGAAGGAUCUUCCUUGUGUUUGGUGUUUUAGUGAAGAGUGAGGAUUACCAGAGCGCUCCAGAGAUCAGCGGUGUGUGUUGAGUUUAGCGUCCGGGAUGGCCUCAUCACGCCAGGACUAUAUUGCCCCAUGGUGGACCUACUGGCUGCACAAUUUCCCGCAUCUUAAUUUUAAUUUCCAGACAGUUGAUAACACUUUCAAACCGGAAGACGCCAGUUAUCAGCAGUCUCUGGUCUUCCUGGCCUGUGUUUCUGCGGUGGCUCUGGGUUUGUGUCUCCUGCUUCUGUCGGUUUAUCUGACCUGCCUGUGCUGCUGUCGGAGGGAAGAGGAUGAGGAAGUCAAGAGACCUGACACCUGCUGCGUCACGUGGGCAGCUGUGAUCACUGGCCUGGUCAUAUGUUCAGCGGUGGGCGUGGGUUUCUAUGGAAACAGCGAAACCAACGAUGGAGUCUACCAGUUGACUUACUCCAUUUACAAUGCCAAUCACACACUGGGUGGCAUCGGCAGUAUGGUAAGA